CCCGUACUGUUGCAGGAAGUAGGAAUCCCUGCUGCACCAGCUACGAUUUCUAACGGAAUACACACACAUUUGUUGACCAUUUUUAACGAUGAUGCGAAGACGCGAAACAACUGCCAAAGCUGUAGAAAACAAAGAUGUCGACUCCGACUUGUCAUCUCCCCAGACAUCCAGUAGUGAAGAGGAUAAUGAUGAAUGGAGGCCGACAGAGCCAAAGCCUAAAGCCCCAAGCAGAGCGGCCAAAGCUCCUGCAGCAGCCGGGGAGAAGAAAGCCGCUGCCAAGAGAACUGCGAAACCGAAGGAGCCCAAACCACCGAAAGCUCCUAAAGUGCCAAAAGUUCCUAAACCAAGGGCACCACGCAAACCUGCAGCAGAACGAAAAACACGGGCCCCUAAAGUUCUGAAGGAUCCUGGCGCACCAGUGUUACAUGGAGUAAAGAGGAAAAAUAUUGACGAAGGAAAAAAAGAAAAUACGGCUGCAGAAAACAAAGGAGAAAAACAAACGGACUGUCCCAAAGGAGAGAGGGCCAAAGAGAGUGGGCCAAGUAGCAGAAUGAAGUCGGAGAGGGUGUCAUUUACUGUGUCGGAUGCCCAUCAGGCAGGCGAGGGGUCUUCAGUAGCUGGGCUUAGCGCAAAGAAAGAGGAAGUGGAGGAUUUCACAUUUGAUGAGCCCAAUCAAAAGAAACAGAAGACCAGCGGGGCCUGCCCGGGGCGAUCGGCUCCUUUACCGUCCUCGGAAAAGCACACUCAAAGGAAUGAACUCAAUAUGAACUGGGAUUUGACAGAGCUGGUAUCUACCCUGACAUGUGUGGAGCAAUGGGUGUGUGUGAAUGUCAUUGGGCUGCUUCGUGAGGAGAACACGGUGCCAUUCAUGGUGCGAUAUCGCAAAGAGCUGAUUAACCAUAUGGACGCCGAUGCCGUCCGAGACGUCCAGCUGAUAUAUGAAGAGCUAUGCUCUCUAGCCAAGAAGACCCAGUCUGUGGUUCAGACCCUGAAAAAGGACGGGAUUUUGACAGCUGAGCUGGAACAAAAUCUGAAGAGCUGCCGAUCAGCUGAUGAACUGGAUCAUGUGUAUGCUCCCUAUAAGAAAGGCAGUAAGCUAACGAAGGCUCGCAGAGCCAAAGCACUCGGCCUUGAGGUGGCCGCCUCUGCACUCAUGGACGCACCGCAUACUCUGGAUUUAAGGGUAUGGGUAAAACCUGGUACUGAAGGUCUCUCAACGAUGGAAGAAGUAGCUACAGGGGUGGAGCAUAUCUUGGCUGAUAUGAUAGCCAAAGACCCCGAGACACUCACCUACAUGAAAACAUUGUGCGAGAGAAGGAUUGUGACCAUCCAGUCUUCUGUGUCCAAGUCGGCACUGAAAGAAAAAGAGCAGACAUCUGUUGACGUUUUCAAGAAACCAGGAGGCCAGCAAAACAAAACCAAGGACAUUGACAAGUUCCACCUCUACGUUGACUUCACCUGCAACAUCCAACGCAUCCAGCCCCAUCAGACCCUGGCUAUUAACCGAGGGGAGAGUCUGAAGAUCUUGACGGUGAAAGUGAACAUUCCCGACGAGGUGAAGAAUGACUUCACGUGGUGGUGCAUAAACAACAGGUGGAAGCCGAGGACGUUUGUAAAAGAAGAGUUUCGUGCAAUCAUCAAGAGUGCUGUAGAGGACUCUUAUAAAAGGCUUAUUCUGCCUUUCUUCACGAGGAGUUUCAGGACGAAGCUGACGAGUGCAGCAGAGAAGGAGUCCAUCGCCAUGUUUGUACGAAACAUCCGGCAGCGCCUGUUGGUGUGUCCAGUACGGGGCUGUGUCAUCAUCGGGGUGGACCCUGGCUUUAGACAUGGCUGUAAACUGGCAGUUCUCUCCCCCACUAGUCAGAUUCUUCAUACUGACGUUGUGUACCUUCAUAAUCAAAACCAGCGAAAUGAAGCAGAGAAACUGUGCCACCUCAUGAUCAAAUACAGCUGUGCCAAGGUUGUCAUUGGUAACGGUACGGCGUGUCGUGAGACCGAGUCCGUCUUCGCAGACCUUAUCUCGAGGCGCUGUUUUGACCCUCUAGACGUGUCCUACUGUAUAACCAGUGAGGCAGGAGCUUCCAUCUACAGUGUGAGUCCUGAGGCGGUCAAAGAGAUGCCAGACAUGGACCCCAACCAUAGAAGUGCAGUGUCCAUUGGAAGACGUGUCCAAGAUCCACUGGCUGAGCUUGUGAAGAUUGAUCCUAAACACAUUGGCAUUGGAACAUACCAGCAUGAUGUGUCAGCAGGAGGUCUGAAGACAGCAUUGGACGGCGUGGUGCAGGAAUGUGUGAGCUUCGUUGGGGUGGACAUCAACAUCUGCUCCGAGACGCUGAUGAGGCAUGUAGCAGGCCUGAACGCUGGCAGAGCGCGAAGUAUUGCAGAGUGGAGAGAGCAGAAUGGUCCCUUCAUCAACAGGGAGCAACUCAAACUGGUCAAAGGCAUGGGACCCAAGACCUUCCAGCAGUGCGCCGGCUUCAUUAGAAUCAACCCGCAAACCCUAAACAGCGCCAAAUCUUCACCUCACCCUGUCCCAGAGAAACCAGCAGCUAAGAAGGGCAAAAAAAAGACUUGCGUCACCAUACCAACCUCGGUUAACCCCCUGGACCAGACCUGUAUACACCCAGAGUCCUACGCUGUGGCACAGAGCUUCUUGUCCCUCGUGGGUGGGAGUGCAGACCAGAUCGGGAGUGCAGGCCUGAAACAGUGUGUGGAGAGCAAGGUUGGGACCAGCAGUGUCGAGAAACUGGCCGAGACACUGGACACCACACCCGAGACCCUCAAACUCAUCAUGGACGGCCUCACGCAGCCUCCUGGGUUUGACAUAAGACAAAAUUUUGGGCAAGCGGACUUUAAGCGAGGCAUUGUGUCGAUGAGCGAUCUGCGGGUGGGCGCGGUGCUGACGGGCCGGGUGGACAACACAGCUCUGUUCGGGGCUUUUGUAGAUAUCGGCGUUGGCCGCGCGGGCCUCAUCCACAAGAGCAACAUCACCCUGAACAAACUGCCUGUGAACCAGCGGCGCCGCAGCCUCGCGCUGGGACCUGGGGAGCGGGUGGAGGUCCGGGUUCUGAAUGUGGACCUUCAGAGGGGACGGAUCGGGCUGGACUUGAUCAGGAUCCUGCAAUAGUCACUUGACUCCCAUAAUGAAUGCACUGUGUUUGGAUUUAUCACAACGGAUACUCAGAAGUUUGUUGUUUCAUGGUGUUGACCGUAACUGUGGAUGAGAACUGAUAUGGUUCUCAUAAACGGAUAAAUCUUAGCAGGCAAACUGUUAAGUGUAUCUUUAGGAAUUACUUUAAUAGCGUAAUAACACACAUUCAAUCAAUGUCAGCAUUACUUUUAAAAAUGCACUUUCUACGUUCUCUUCAACAAAAAAAUGUUCAAAUCAAAUAAUAAUUCAUCUCCGGAUGACUGUUACAAGUCCAGUGAGAUAAAUUCAAGCCAAACUUUCUCACAGUUCUGUUAAUUGCUGGGAGACUUUCCUUUCCCCUGAAGUCGUUUACUCAGGUAGCAAUGGAAGUAUUCUCAGCCUCUUUAUGCUCCUUGUGCGUCUCUGGGAGCAGGUACUUGAACAUUUAACCCCGAUUGCCUGAUUCAAGGGAAGCCAUCGACUUCCUGCACACACUGCCGUCUGCUGGUCUGGAGAGAAGACUUGGAGAAGCUCUGACGGCUUAUUGAGAGGUAUCCCAGAAUUAUUCGCACACAAUCUUUCUGAAAAUAUAACUACUUCAAUACUAUUCACAUAUUGUUUGCAUUCCUCAUGCAUUGUUUAGUGCCGCUUUGUACUAGUUUGUCGAGACACUUGUUUGUAUCUUUAUUUAAAGCAGACGUUGUUUACAGUGUUUGUGGACACUGGAAGAAAAAAACAACAACAACUGAGGAACAUGUAAUCUUAAACGGAUUUCAAACUGUCAAAAAGACAGUGUGACAGAGAUUUGGACAUUAAAGAUAUACCUGUAUAACUUA